UGCACAGGAAGUUGGUUCAGCGAGUGUCUCAAAAUGGCGGACGACGAAACAAACGCGAAGAAGGGAGGGUUUUCUUUUGGUUUUGCCAAGAAAAUUGACAACAAAAAAUUACAAACAUCUGUCGUCAGCGAUUCAGAAAAGAAAAAGGAAGAAGAAACGGAUUUUGUGUACUCGUUCGAGGGUAAGGAAGUCAAAAGCUCAAAACCAACCGAUACAGCCCCGAAACAAUUUGUUAUUCCGUUGAUAAAGAGCAAUAACUGGAGGACUCCGUUCUUGGAGAAGAAAGACCAGCUAAAGGAAGAAAGUGAUAAGACAAACUCAGUCGACAGCAAAGACGAUACAGAACCCAAAGUAGUGAAAGAAGACUUGACUCUAACAGAGCAGGCGACAAGAGAAAUUAUUGAAGCGAGUGCACUUGAAAAUCAGAACUGGACUGGCCGCGGGCAGCCCGAUCCAAAUUUAAGUGUUCCUUUACUUGUUCGUAAUAAGGUUCCCGAAGGUUUCGAAACUGAUGAUAAACUGGAUGUGUCACUGAGGCCGGAUGGCCCAGAAGAUGCUGACUACGAACAAAUACCAAUAGACCAGUUUGGCUUUGCAAUGCUCAGAGGUAUGGGCUGGAAGGAUGGUGAAGGUAUUGGUAAAAAUAAGGAACUUGUUCCACCUCCAGAAGCAAUUUUAAGACCUAAAGGACUUGGACUUGGUGCAGAUAGAAGUACAAACUUACAAAUGAAAAAUGGUGCUGUAUCUGAAAAGGGCCAUGAUAAAGAAGAUGAAUUAGAGUUGAAGAAGGGUGCCUUUUGUUUAAUAACUAAAGGUACUAGUAGAGAUAUGUAUGGAGUUAUUGAAGGUUUAGAUGAUGACAAUGCAAGGAUUAUGGUGAAAUUAACGCUCAGUGGAAAAAUUGUGACAAUUUCCCAGUAUUCUGUUGAAUUGGUGUCAAAGAAAGAUUAUGAAAAGUUUUCAAAAUAUCUCAAUAAGGGAAAAGUUGAUAAGUAUAAGAAGGAAGAGGAAAAGAAGAAAAAAGACAAACAUAGAUCUAGAAGCAGAAGUCCCCAUGAAAAAAGCAGAAGAAAGAAAUCUCACAGGGGUCACAGUAGAAGUCCACAUGAUGACAGAAAACAUGCUGAUCAUAAGGAUAAAAAGGCUAAACAAGAAAAUGGGUACAAUGCAAAUGAUGUGUACCUGUGGGCAAGACCAGACAUUAGGGUUCGGAUUGUUGACAAAAAGUUUAAGAGUGGCAAAUAUUACAAGUCAAAAGUUAUAGUGGUGGACGUUGUCAGUGUAGAUAACUGUGUAUGUCGGACUGAGGAAGGGCGAGUACUGGAGGGACUGUCACAAUCAAGUCUGGAGACUGUGAUUCCCAAACAUGAUCAUGCACAUGCUUUGAUUGUGUCUGGAAAGUACAAGGGGCAAAUAGGGGAAGUUGUGAAAAGAAGCAAAGAAAAAUGUGAAGCUUUACUGCAGCUGCUAAGUGACAGAGACAUCAUUUUGAAACUUGGAUAUGAUGAUAUUUGUGAAUAUGUUGGUGACAUUGACCAACAGUUUGACUAUUAGUCUCGGAUAUCUUGCUUAAUAAUAGCUUUGAACAUGGACAAAACCAAAUGUCUUAAUACAUUUUGAGACAGCAUGUUAACAGACACUGACAGAAGGUUACAAGGGAUGUGUCAUGUAGAUGGAUAUAAGAAAAUAUGAGUGAUCAUUCGCAUAUGAUGUGUAAUUAUUUAUCUUCAUGUAUUGCCUUGUUCUCAUUCCCUGCCACAAGUCGUAUUUUCCAGAUAAGGAGGAUGUAUUUAGUCCUGAACAUCCCAAUACUGACAUUAUGAACUUGUUAAACAUCAUCAUAUUGCAAAAUAUUGUGAUACUGCUAUUUCCAUUACCAGUAACCAUGGUUACCACAACUGUUAAGACAUGCUUAGAUACUUAACAGACCCAUCAAAUUGAACUCAACAUCAUGAAAAGUAAUAAAACAAUAAGUUUUGUUCAAAA